AUGACUCCCUACAAAUAUGAAACAGCAGCUAAAUUAACCCUCUCCAUGGAGAAACUCCAACAGAUUCUGCUGCUCUUCCUGGCCUUUCACUUCCUCAAAGCUGGUUCUCAAGUUUUCGAUACAACGGGCUGGUUGAGUAUUGACUGUGGUGCCGAGUAUCCUCGCCUUAGCAACAACUUAAUUGUAUGGGAACCGGACGGGAGAUUAAUCAAAACGGGCUUCAACAGGAAGGUUCAGGAGAAGCAAGACCUCGAAGAAAUGAACACGCUACGAUCCUUCCAUGAUGUUCUGUCAGAAGAACAUUGUUACAAACUUCCAGUAUAUAAACUAACCCUAAGAUACAUUAUACGCGCCGGGUUCUUCUAUGGAAACUAUGAUGGUUUGUCUAGGCCGCCGACGUUUAACCUUACAGUAGAGGGCAAGAUGUGGACGACGGUGAACACUUCAUCGAUGGAUGGGUCGCCGGUAUACCAUGAGAUCAGUUAUAUGAGUCAUAGGUCAGGAGAAAUUAAUGUGUGUUUGGUACAGACUAGGGAAGGAGAAGCGCCCUUCAUUUCUUCACUAGAGGCCGUGCCCAUGUGGGUGAAAUUGUUUCCCAAGUUGACGUCCAAUGCGACCAUCCAUCUAGUCACCAGGACUAACUUUGGUGGCCCUGAAGUGAGAUUCACGUCAGGGUUACAUGGGGAUAUGUUCAACCGCAUAUGGACACGAGGGGCAACACCACCCAACUGCCGGGAGGUUUCCACCAUGCCAGCAGAUACUACGUUAGAGAUAGAAAACAGGCCACCUAUGGCGGCUGUCGGAGACUCCAUUGAACCAAUCAAUCCCUCCGAUCCCAUAAUCUUGUCAAUUCCCCUUCCUCCAUUGAUCCCACAAGUAGCACGCUUUGUCUUCUACUUCUCAGAUCAUUCGUGUCAAGUACAUGAGGGCAGUAAUACUAGGACUGCUCCAAGGAUAACUCAGAUUUACAUCAAUGGCACUCCGCAAAGCGACCCUGUGAAGUUCAAAAGCUGCUCAUGCAAAGUUGUUUAUUCACAGCGUAUUAAUGUCAAAGCUGGGUCCGUCGUUAAUAUAACUUUGGCGGCCACUAACGAGUCCAAAUUGCCACCUAUGCUUAGUGCCAUGGAAAUGUUUACAUGGGAAGAUACGGAGGAUCAUAGAGGAGCAUCCUCCAUCACUGCAUGUGAGAGUUUCUUUACUUUGUGUAUUAUUUUUAUUCAAGCUUUAUACUUCCUUGCUUUAGAGAUAUAA